CUUCCCAUCACUUGGUAUCGAUCGUUGGAUCAGAUCGGCUCCAAACCCGGGUUUACCGCUUAUAUCGCACACGAGUUUUUGGACGCCCUUCCCGUCCAUAAGUUUGUGAAAUCGCCGUCCGGUCAGUGGCGCGAAGUGUUGAUCGAUUGCGACAAAAGCGGAGAAUUGCGUUACAUUAUCGCCAAUAACCAGACGCCGGCCUCUAAGCUAUUCAUAGAUCCGAGCGUUCAAUCAGACAAUCUAGAAGUGUGUCCGCAAUCAGCGCUCGUCAUGGAUCAGGUCAUCGCACGGUUUAGCCGCAAAAACCCAGGAUGUUUUCUGGUCUGCGAUUACGGACACGACGACCAAAAGGCCAAUAGAGACACAUUUAGAGCUUUCAAAGAGCACGAGAUGUGGGAUCCAUUGCGAGAACCGGGAACCGCUGACCUCACGGCUGACGUGGACUUCGGUUAUCUCAAGCGUCACAUCAAAGAGAAGGCCACCGUUUUCGGGACC